AUGCAGAACCCAACCGACCAGCUGCUGCCGCCGAUGCCUCAGCACGCGAACAAGCCGCAUGCUUCCGAUGCGCCACACUUCGCAUACACGCACAACCCAAUCUCGAGUUGUCGCGCCGUGAAAUGUAGCGGGGACGUCCAUGUGCUGCCCGACACCUACCACCGCGUGCAGUCCGAUGCCGGUGGGCAGGUACACGCGACGACGCCGUCCAACACCUCCGCCGAGACUUCCGAGGCGCCGUCCAUGCUCUGCAAGUACGUGUACAAGCCGUGUACGAACCCCCGCACACUGAAGCGAAACGGGGAGCUGCAUUCGUUGUGCGCCCAACACCAGGCCAAAGCCAACUCGUGCCAAAAGCAGUACGCGAAGAAGAAGCGGAAGCUGUCGAAGCCCACAGGGAAGGACUUGACUUAUCCCAUGGCCACUCGAGCUGCAGCUUCGUCCAGCCAUUCGUUUCUCACGAACGUGCAGAGCAACUCCCUUCUUCGCUUCCCGCCCUUGCCGCCACCGAAUUCCCUGCCUUCUCCUCGCUCCUUCCACUCGCUGUCUUCUCGUGGUGUAGGUACUAGUAGUAGCCCGCGACCUACUACUAGUAGUACCCUCCUGCCGUCGUUCUCGUACCCGCGACUGCCUCCUGUGCCCCGCCAGUUGCCAUUUGGAACAGCCGCCCAUCAUCAUCAUCCAAGCAACCAUGAUGAUAGACGAUAUUAA